AAUUCUGUGGUCCGUCAUAUUGUUUGAAAAUCAAAAUUAAUCAUUGGGAGAUUGGGACGAAGUUUUGGAGAUUUAAAUGACAUUAAGAUUUUUUCCUUUUCAUAAUAUUAUUAUCCAAUUCACCUCAAAAUGAAUACGUCUGGAUUAGGAAACAAUAGCGUAUCAGUACCAGAAUUGAUUUUAAGGCUUUGCACUCAUCUUUCCAAAAAUGAUCAAACCCUCACCUCAAAAUUAUAUCAAUUAGCUGUACAAUUUUUACAAGGUUCAAAUCAAGUUUAUAUGAAUGAUGCUGAAUUUGAUCUAUCAGAAAUAAAACUGCAUUUAUCUAGUCAGAAAGAUGCUGAAUCUUCUUUACAACAGUUUGAGUUACUUUACUCAAAAAUUAAUAAUUCGUCUAUCCUGCAUAACAAAAAUGCAAUUAUUAGUUUUCUACUAAAUAUCGUGAAGUUGGAUAUCCAGAAAGACAGUUUCAAAUUGAAGCUUGUUCAAAAUUUGGAAAAAUUACCUGGUCCACAGUCGGUACAAAGUUCCAAGUCCCAGCUAACAGUUAAUAGCAUACCUUCUCAAGAAAGCAUACGUAAUUUAUAUCAAGGCAAUAUGGUUGAUAGACCAUUCAGUAGGUCAUCUAGGAAUGAGAGUACUUCGAAUUCUAAUAUAAUGAGCUCUAUUUGGUCAAGACAAGAAUUGGGAUCUUCCCUAUCGAAAACAGCAAACUUGACACUUGCAAGUGAAUCUGAUUUACUUCAAGAUGUUAUAUAUUCAUUACAAGGAAUUGAAGGAAGGUUCAUAAAACGAGAAGCAGGGGGUCUUGGUUUUUUGAUUGACCAAAAAAUUAGCAGGAAUUUCAGUCCAAUUCAGAAAAGUAUCGCGUCAAGAUUAUUGGGACUGAGUUUUUUACACAACAAGUUGAAACAAUACUGUGAGGAAAAUGAUAAACAAAAAGGAGCAAUGAGUCAAGCACUCAUUUCCAUUGUAAGAGAUGAAUUAUCAAGUUAUUAUAAGACUAUUGCCCUCUUACAAUCAAAUAUGAAGAAACAUGAUUGCGACAAACACUCAGAAAUGUCACUCAGAAGGGCUCUCUACAUCACCCAAGAUCACAUUACAAAAUUCGAAUGGCUUGCUUAUAUUACCGAAGAAUGUAGCGAAAAAAAAGGUGGGGCACUUGUUACAGCAAUACACGGUUAUCUUCAACAUGGUUCAAUCUGUAUUCAAGAGGUUUCAGAAAAGGUCCUCACUUCUGUAUGCAAACCUUUGUACAUAAUGUUAUCUAGAUGGUUGUUGGACGGUGAGAUCAAUGAUCCCUGCAAUGAAUUCUUCAUUGAGGCUCGGAGCAUCAACGCUGCAGAACGUUUGUGGCACGAUAAGUAUCACGUCAAAAAAUCAAUGAUUCCAUCUUUUAUAUCCAUGGAUCAGGCAAAAAAAAUUUUGGCAACUGGAAAAAGCAUAAAUUUUCUUAGACAGAUAUGCAAAGACAACGGACAGCUCCCUGGUAGAGAAAGUCUCCAGAAGUUUUUCAGGAAUACCACAGCCGAUGCAUUGUUUGCUCCAGAACAGAGUUUAGAAUUUCACACCACAUUGGAAAAUGUGUACAGAGAAACAUCUUUAAGAGUGUUAGAUUUAUUGAAAAACAAAUUUAGACUUUUGGAACAUCUUCAUUCUUUAAGAAGAUACUUGUUGUUGGGUCAAGGAGAUUUCAUCAGACACCUAUUAGAGUUAUUAGCUCCAGAACUGAACAAACCUGCCAGCGAUAUUUAUGGACAUACCCUCACGACGAUUUUGGAGUCUGCUAUCAGAGUGACAAACGCCCAGUUUGAAGAUGAGGAUACUUUAGAAAGGCUCAAUGUAAGCUUCAUGGGACACUCCCAAGGUGAUUUUGGCUGGGACGUUUUUAGUCUUAUCUAUAUAGUUGAUGGGCCAGUUAGUACAAUAUUUCAACCGACAAUGUCUACUUAUCAGUGUCUUUUCGGAGCGCUGUGGAAAGCAAAAAGGAUGGAAUUUGUGUUGGCGAAUAUGAAGAAACAACAGAUAACAAUAUCGAAGGUGUUUAAAUAUAAUUUAGACUUGAUACCAGUUAUGCAUACAUUUCAUGUAUUGACCAGCGAGAUGAUUCAUUUUCUACAUCAAACGCAGUACUAUUUUCUCUUUGAGGUGCUGGAGUGUUCUUGGGCUGAAAUGCUGUAUAAUGUCAACCAGGCAGAGUGUCUAGAUGACAUAAUUCUAGCGCAUACCCAGUUUUUGAGUUCUGUCCAGACUGGAGUAUUACUAGAUGAAAAAUCAAAACUACUUUUUUCUCAGCUACGAUCUAUCUAUAAUUUCGUACUGAGUUUGGAAAAGCAUCAACAAUCAUUAUAUUCAGAAGCAAGUAUGGAUCACGAAGCAGAAACAGAAUAUAGGAGGAAACAGGAGCUGAAUGAUGAAUUUGGUUUGACCUUAGAUGAAGAACUGAAGGCCAAAGAAAGAUCAGCUAAUUUCAAACGUUUCUUGUGUUCAAUAAAAGCGCAAGUAAACUGUUUAGCCCAAACAUAUAAGGGCUUCGUAAAAAACUAUUUAAAAUCUCUUUCGUCUAGUCCUAACAUGAAUUUACAACUUUUGAGUGUUAGACUGAGCUUUAAUGACUACUAUUCAGUCAUAUGACCACUGGAAGUUCAGUUUGAAAGUUGUCCACAGAUACUAAUAAGAGAGAGUGAAAAAUGUGUUCACAAGCAUACUCUAAUGACAGCCCCAAACUCAAAUGAAAAUACAAGAAAAUCUAUCGAGAACAGCAUUCUCAGUGAUCCUGUUGUUCAAUCUAGUUCUUAUUCAAAUUCAGAAUUAAGUAAUUAUGGUAGUAUCGAUAAAUUGCUGCAGCCUCCCAAGAAAAAGGAAAAAUCCAUAUGAUGUUGUGUCGGGUGAAGAUUGGUAAGUUUGGAGAAGUUACCAAUGUUCACCUAAUUCCAAGUUAAGAUGUACAUAUUUAAUAUAUUAUUUUAAAUGCA